AAAAUGUGCAUGCUUCAAAAUAAUCAGUAUUAUUUUUUCAAUGUGUGUUAAAAUAAACAUAUGCUUGCAUAUGCUUAAAACUUUUUAUCACAGCAUAACAUAAUUUUAAAAAUGUUACUUUUAUUCAAAUCAAAUAUUUAAUGAACUCUAUUUUGUAGAUUCUACGCACUGAAGAUUGUUUGUUAUUGAUUAUUUAUAUUGUGCAUUGUUGAUGAAAUGAAUGUCAAGAGCAAAAUGAGGUCAUUAGUGUGCUUAGUAAAUCAUUCUAAUCACGCUAGUAAGGUAUUAUAUGUUCAUAACAAAAAUACCAUCCACGCACUGCAUCAUUUUUCUAAACAAAAGAACGAAAAAUUAAAAGUUGACGGCAGAGGUAUUAUGGAAAGUAAUGUAAAAGAAUGUCAAUUGUGGAAUAUUGCAGACGUUUUUAAUUGUCCUCCAGAUCACAGUCAUGCUGUUAUUGUACUUAACAGGCCUAUUGAGUGUGAAGCAAAUUUUGUAUUGAAUUUGUGGAAAAAAGCACAAGUUCGAGUUACAGUUGAUGCUGGAACUGAUAGAUGGUUAACAUUUCUUGGAAAUGACAGAGAAAAAGUCCUAAAAGGAUUUUGUGAGGAGUAUUUACCAGAUAUUGUAACGGGUGACAUGGACAGUGUACAUGAAGAGACACUUACGAUACUAGAAUCUCUAGGAGUUAAAAUUAUUCGUACAAUGGACCAAGAUGAAACGGAUUAUACAAAAUCACUAAGAAAACUUAAUCUUUACUGCAAUGAAAGAAAUAUUAAAUUAAAGGUCGCAUAUGUAUUUAAUGAAGUAAGUGGAAGAAUGGACCAAAUAAUUGCUGGGAUCAGUACACUCCACAAAAGUCCGAAAAUCUUGCCUAAUGUACCGGUUAUACAGAUAUCAAAAGGUUCGCUUACGUGGUUAUUACAGACAGGAAUGCAUAAAAUAAUAAUACCAGAAAUUUUAAGAAAUAGUAGAACAUGGUGUAGUCUUUUACCGGUUGGCUUCCCAGCAAAAAAUGUGUCAACAACUGGCUUAAAAUGGAAUUUAGAUAAUACUACUCUGGAAGUAGGAAGUUUAGUCAGUUCAUCUAACACGUAUUCUGAUGAAAGUUACGUAACAGUAAAUACUGACACUCCAAUAAUAUGGUCAAUGGGUAUCAAACCAUUAUUAAAUAUUGAUAACGAAAGAUAGCGAAAAUAAACGUGAAACAGUGGAAUAAAUUAUUUUAAUAGAAAAAUCAAAUAUAUUAAUAAAUUUUAUUCAUAGCAAUUAUUUA